AUGUCUUCCUCUCUCGCCCGUGUUGUCCUGAGCUUCCUCACCCUCACCUUGCUGGGAAUCGUUCCAACAGAGGCCAUUCUGGUCAACACCCCUCUCGAAGCCCUUCCUCGCAUGCAACAGUCCUUCACGGACGGUGUGGCACUGGCAACAUUUGCGUCUUUCGUCGUCGACUCCUGCGACGACGUGUACCUGCGGUAUUUCCCAGCCAGUGACGUGGACUUUGUGCGACGCAUCUUUCGCCGCGUCGCCAACCUCCCCGUCGACGCCGUGCUGACCAUGAACCAGCUCCCCACGGUCCUGCAGCAGCGUGCCACCAUCGGCGUGGACCCGCGGCUCUUCAACCUGAUGAUCUCCUACGGCAACUAUCCGGGGAUUAGAGAGCAAGUGUGCGGCAUCCCGAAUGAUGAUACCAACGCCGCCUUCACCUCGGCGGACGGCGGUGGGCCGCUUAUCACUAUGUGUGCGUCGGCGUUCGAGAUGUACCCGGACGAGGACGAGAUCAUGAAUCCGCCUUUCUGGGCCCUGAACGCGCAAGGGAAUCUGCUGCCGGGGUACGGGUGCGAUGGCCUCGGCGACCAUGAUUCGGAUCUGAUGUGGUUCCCCGGCGCCGUUUUGAUGCACGAAAUUAUGCACUUUUCCGACUUAUUCGACGACCUCCCGAACUGGUUUGCCUGGACGUACCCGUCCAACGGAGUGAAUGGCAUUGGGGACUAUGAUGGCACGUCACCACGCGAAGGGUACGGCCCCUUUUACUCACGCGUGCUCAAUUUACUCUCCAGCCUCGAACCCCAGAAAUACCGCCCCCACGAAGCCAUCAACAAUGCAGACAGUUACGCCUCGUAUGCCCUGUCGGUCUGGUGGCGAUGGAAAUGCCAGAGGGAGUUCGGCCCGUCCGUCACGAAGGCUGACAGCUAUAAUCGAGAAACCCCUCCUCGUCCCAGCCCUUGA